GCCGAUCUGCUGCUGCUGUUGCUGCAACAACGCAACGGAUGGGCUUUACCCACAGUUCUUCGGAAAGUCUUCGCUGGGUAAGGCCAAACUUUCGGCGCGGUCGACUCACGUUUACGCGCAGAAUCUGAACGGUGCUCGUUGAUGAUUGGGUGUUCUACAUAGGGGGUGUUAUUAGGUGACGUUUUUUUUUUUAUUGAUGGAAGUGAUACCCAGUGAAUGAUCACAGCUGACUAGCAGUGGAUUGAAAGUGGGUUGGGAUUUUGUGAAGGUCGAAGAAAUUAUGCUGAAGCUAGCCCAGUUGAUACGCGUUCAACAUAACUGCAACUGAAGUGAUACCACGUUAACUGAAACCUUUCGGCAACCCACCGUCAACUCCGUCGUCACGGUUGUGAAGUGUCGUACCGUUUCCGUUUCGGUUCUUAGUUGGAGUGGAGUGCCUAACUGUGCUUUUCUCCGGGCGGAAGAAAAAUCCCAAAAUUGGCUCGAAUAUUGAGAAGAAAUGGGUUUGUCACCGCGGUAGCCCUUUGUGGAGGAUGUAACGGAAAGGUAUAGCAGCAGCGGAGAAGAAAAAUCAAAGGCCGCUCCGGCCGACAUGAAAAAAAGUGAGAAACAGAAGAAGGGAAAAGAGGUGAUUUGAAUAUUGCAGUGAUCUGUUGGAAGGUAGAACGCGUGGACCUCUGCACUGACUGGAGAGACUGGAGAGGUGACAGCUGAGAGGAGUUACAUCGAAGUGACACACAUCAAAAAAAGAUCAAGCGAGACUUGAGCAGCAUCGGCGUGAAUCAAAGGCCAAAAAGAUACCACCCACGGUCGUGACCCGAAACUUUUUCCCCGGGCAAAACGAGGUCACUCGAAAGCGAAACCACCCUCUGCACUGCAGCCGCCACCCAUAUUAGUGACGACAAGUAGGAACACCACCUCGGAGUUGGUCACUAUCGCCAAGCCAACAAAAGUGAUUGUCCGGAGUUGCACCAGUCAUUUCCGAGGCUCACUGCCCGGCUAAUUGUAGAGUGGGCGGGUAAUUUCACUGGCCUUCGGAAGUGUCCGAAUGUGGUAGCUGGUAGUAGCAGCAAAAAUCAAAAGUGUAAAAUCAUCAUCAUUAGCGAACCAGCAGCAGACAGCAGCAUCCAUUCAAAUAGCCGAACAUGUGGUCUACGACGACGACGACGACGGUGGUGGCGAUGGCCAUUGAAUGACCCUGAAUCUGAAAAGUGCCCCGGUGGAGUAGUUUGGUGAAUUUUGGUGAAAGUGAGAUCUGAGAUCUGUUGAUUUGUUGAGAUAUAUUGGCUUUUACUAUUGGUGGAUUUUUUUUUUAAUUAUGACAAAUGUAGCAUAAUGUUCACGGGAAAGGUUUUGUUACUUCGUGCGCCAAUAUUGGACGCUUGUUUCUUGAACGAUUCGAGUAAUGUGUGAUUGAAGCCAAUCUAGUGUGUAAAUUUGAGAGAAGAAAAAUACAGUUAGGUUAAUCAUUGUCAUACUGUCACCAGAAAAAUCAGUUUUGAUAAAUUUUAAUCAUCUUUGAGAGAUCAACAAUUUGUCCCAGUUGGAAGAACGCAACCCAGUAGCUUAGAUAGCGCAAAAAUAGUUUUCUUUCGACUAGAGUUAUAAAAGCCAACUUCCAAAAUGGAGUCAAUAUACGGAACCAACAAAAACAAAUAUAUGCAGAGCCUGACCGCCGGAAGCGACUUCUAUAGAUGUCCCAGUACAAUUAGACCGAUGGCGGCCGACUACUCCUCGUACCAGAACACCCUCGGGCGACGAUCGACACUGAUGGGCAUGGCAGGGGUCGUCGGCGGUGGCGGCGGCGGUGGUGGAGGUGCCCCGUACACCCACAUGAGCAAGUACUCCUACCCGACGGAUGUGAGCCUCAGCAGCCACUACGGGUACACGUCGUGGGGUUUAUGGCGCGAUACCCGGAAUCUGUCCUCGUCGAUGUACGGCAAGAAGCAGAAAAACUUCAGAUCGGUCUCCAUCCUAUUGAUGUCGGCUGCCUUCAUCGUGGUCCUGGCCGUGCUCUGUGUGGCGGCGCUGGCGUUCUACUUCAGCGCGUUCAAGGCGGACCUCAGCGAUUCCAUCCUCGUGUUCGACUGCACGCUCCGAGUGACCCGGGGGGACAUUUACACGACCGGACUGCGCUCGAACAGCACUCCCGUCUUCCGGCAAAAAUCCGCCUUCUACGAGCGGCUCGUCGACACCUCGCUGGAGCAGAGCGGCCUCACCGUGUCCCGGACGGAAAUCAUGGACUUUGGCGACGGGCCAACCAUUGUGCUCACCUUCCGGGUGUUUCUCGACAUGAGGAAGAUCAAAAUAACGAUUAACAACGUGGAGGAACAUAUCCGGCAGGCGGUGCUCAGUGAACUGGCCAAUCCAAACUCGGUCUUUAAAAACAUCAGAGUGGACCCGGACACUAUAGAAAUCAAACGGUUACUGGACAGGGAGGUGAUCAAGACGGCAUUUCUCAAGAAGGAAGAGACAUUCCCGCCAGUUCUGAAAGCGCCCGAGGAACGGUACGGACCGGCGAAAAAAUCCGGCGUUAUCGAGAAAACGGUUCACAAGUUUACCGCCAAAAUCUCCACCUCGACCGUGGCCACGACCAGCGCCGGCGACAAACGAUCCCAGCCCCGUCAGCCCCAGCAACACCAAGCGGACGGCGAAUCUGACAUUGACAUGGAUAAUUUACCGGUUAUACAAGGGUCAUUCGAGAUAACAAAAACCGAUGCAGACAUCACGCAAAAACGAACGUCCGCCACUCUGAAGCCGUUCGCCGUCAGUCCGGCUCAGUUGAAGGUCCGCAACAAUGGUGGAGGCGGUGGCAGCGAGAAGCGGCAGAACGAAAACGUUAAAUCCUCGCACGUGGAUGGGGAUAAAGUGUCAUCAACGGUGCGACCGUCGGCUUCCGGCGCUAAACUCAGGUACGAAACGGCCACGGCCAAGAUUGAAAAAACGGACAAACAUGGUUCGACGACGAAGAAAAUUAAAAGUAAUUCAGGUCGGAGCUCGACAAGCCGCAGGACAACAAGCACCACGACGACAACAACGAUGACCACACCUACUGCUGAGCCUAGCACUACCCAGGUGAUGACAACGACGACGGAGGAACCCACUACGACUACCACCACAACCAGGAGGACCACGAUAAAAAGCACGACAAUCCGCAGCACAACACCAGUCUAUGAAGAAUCAGAAGAGCUGUACACCGACAUGCCGAUUAAUGACCGCAACGACACGUUGCUGGAAAAUUUCUUGCAAGCCAUCAUAAACGAUAGUUUGCCGCAGGAGCUGGCUGCGGAUAAGCGUGUUGACGAGAACAUCCCCAAGCUGGAUGUCAGUCUGUUCACAAGUGCUCCCAUCCUAGAUAAACAGCCAUGGCAACCGAUAAGACCCACCAUUCCCAAGGGGAUCCCAGUGCAUAAGUUCAAUCCACCGAAACCAACUAAGAAGAAGUCUACCCUGGCGGAAGAGAUUCUCUACCGGACCAAGCAGAGCGAUAUUGAGAGCUCGCUAUACACGGAAAGUCCCAGUGUGCAGGUAUACUACCAGAGUUUCACCAAUCCCAGUUUUGGAUCUUCGACGCUUGGGAUCGAACCUCUUGGGAUGAUGGAUGUUAGGCCGUACCCACUGCCAGUGGACAAGAUCUCCCUUCAACCUGUACCCGAUUUUAAGCAGAUGACUCCGACGGCUAUCAGUAUUGGCGAGAACUUGAUGAACAUGACCUUGGAUGAGAAGAAGUUCGAGCAUUUAGGAGGAGGAGUAAUUGCUAAGAAACCGGAGAACAAGACCACCCCGUAUCGUACGACCACGGAGGCUAUGAAGACGAGUGUGAUCACCGUGACUCCGGUUUACGUUGAGAGAACAAGUCAAAACUUGAUUAGGUCAACUGAGGAGUAUGUGGAGUACUAUCAGGUCGAUGGAUUGAACUACACCGAAAUGGAUACGACCACGACGGUGAUGGAUGAUUUUAACGAUACUUCGCUGGACUAUUCACUGGGUGUGGAGUCAAGGAUAAGCCCGGACGAGGAAGUUUACACCACUGAAGUGCCGGUGACGUCUACCAUGGAAAACGUUGAAAAGUUAACGGAGGUUCCCUUUGAUUUUGGAACGAGUGAAUCCUUGGUGACGACAACGGAUUUGCCUGAAGUGGAAACCACUACGACAUCUACUACAGAAUUGUUCCUGUCAAGUACCGAGACAACAACAGAAGAACCGAAAACAACCACUAGCAGUAAGCGGUCCACGUUUGUGGAAGUUGAAACGCUUAAGUAUAAUCCAACGACCAGUGUCCCGACAGCCUCGGCUACGGUUCCAGAGCUGUUUCCCAUCAAUAAGUGGGAGUUCGUCAAUGGAUCGCGGGUAACUCCAUCCAAUAGACAGUCCACUCGGAAGGUGUUCAAUGAGACAUUACAGGCACUGAUUGUGGAAAACAUCCAGGCACCAACGACUGCUGCAAGCGUCAAGAUUGAAGAUCUUAAGAGUAAGCGUAACACUACAACAAAUCUUCAGAACUUGUCGGCCAUUUUCGAUACGUUGGCAUCUAAGCUCGGGAUUCAAACGGAAACAUCUAGCAAACUGCCUCCAUUCUCAUCGCUAUCAAAGAUCAAGAACCAGUACAAGAGUGCGACGACUCGUUUGGAAGGCGCAACCACCAAAAAGCGUACACGCAAUCCCACCAGGCCAAAGCGGAAGAAGAACAAGAACACCAACCGAACUUCGACCACCACAUCAACAUCCACAACGGAAAUCCCAACAACUCUUACCACCACAACUCCCAGAACCACUACAACUACCCCACUCCCACCGAUCACCACCCCAUUCGUCAAGCUAGCCCCGACCGUCAUCAACGAGGACAUCGGAGACGUAAUGCCGGUCAUGCUCGCCCCAGCUUCUCCGGAAUAUUCCGCCGAAUACUACCCGGCAGGCCAGGCCGAAGUGGAAGUUAUCGAUCCCAACCAGUACGAGGAAAUGCUCCGAUUACUAGCGGCAACCCCCUCGGGAGCGGUCCGCUAUGCCACUACAACCCCGAUACCGCUGGUCACCCUAAUGCCCGCCAAAUCCAACUCCGGUAUCAAAAACUUCCGACCGAAAGUGAAGCUGCAGCACCAGAGCGCGGCCAACUCGCCACUGUUGCUGACCAGCAGCUCGUUAGCAGCUCAUAAUCAGCGCCAGUCGACGGCGGCGGCGGUGGCCGCGGCGUCCUCCGAUGAAGGCAGGAAAAUGAGCGAAAGUUUAAAAUUAAUGAAUGCAAAUAAUGGCCGCGGAGACAAUGUCGGUUGGCCGCCGUCGUCGAUGCUGUCGGUGCCGUCGCCGGUGGUCGUCAGCAACGGUGGCGGAGUCGGAAUCGGUGGAAUCGUCGGUGCCGAAGCCGCACCGUUGAUGGCCGAAAGUGCCGGCCAGGGAUUUGACCGGGACCAGAACGAUAAUAAAAAUAACACAAUCGUGGAAGCGGUGGUUAGGGCCAGUAUGCGCUUUGAAUCAUAAAAGCAGAAGUUGCGGCCGGGCUCGGCAGCAGCCAGUGGUUGGUCGCUGGUGCUAGUACACAACAAGCUGCCUCGGGUUUCGGAGGAGCUUCGCGAGCUUGAUGGGGUUGCUGUGAGAGUAUGAGCGGAAUGGGUACAUGGUGGGGUGCGAGGAUGUGGUGCUGAAUGGUCGACGACUUGUACGAUAGCGAAUUGCGAUGGUGUUGGGACAUUGGGAAUAAAAAUGUGCUGCGGACAAGGAUGCACCACCUCCGCCGCGUUCGUCAUCCUUGUCCGUGGACUGGAAAAUGUGAUUAUUCUUACAUAAAAGCGACAACGACGACGGCGACGACGACGUCGGCAUUUCUCGACGAUGAGGACGACGACGGCGACGACAACAACAACGAACACGACAAUAACGAUAAAAAGAUGGAUUUGCGGUGAGAUUGUGGAAUGUGUUGGACUUGGUGGGGUGUGCGGCGUUGGGUGUCCCGUAGGAUAGCCAUAGCUGUUACAAAAGAAUGUCUGUAUUUCUUAUGUAGCGUUUUCAAAUGGUUUCAUGUAUUACAAAGAAUUACUUGCAGGAAAAAGAGGGAAUUACAUAGGGAUUAAAAUGGAACAAAUUAUGUCGUUUGGUUAGUUCUGCUGGAACUGUUGGAAUAUUUUUAUACUCGGAAAUUUAGGCUGGAAUUUUAAUGAUUUCGAGGCUUUUUCAUGGAAGACUUGUUAUAACUUUUAAAUUCCUGUUCGUAUACCUUUAAAAAACAUUCCGCCUGAUAUUUAAACGGUCUACAAGAACUGUAAGGAAAGCUGUGAUCUUGCUGUAUUUGGUGUUACUUGGUAUAAUCCUUGAGGAGGAGAUGGCUGGGGUAGCUUUUGGACUUCACUGCCUAUGUAUGCACCCAGAAGGAUCUGUAACGAUGUUUCGAAACUUUUAGAGAGUAUUAAUUCUCAUUUUUUUAUUAUCGCCCAUACUGCCCCCACUCGUAUAACACUCCCAUAUGAAUAGGAAACCCAGCAAAGAUGGGACUGUUAUGCGAGUGGGGGCAGUAUACCUGUAGAAGGUUAUUAUCGAUUAAAAGGCUAAUGCAGCACCUAAUGUAUGACGUAGCAUUCAUGUAUAAUCGAAUAAAACUGACAUAAUCUGUAAAUUCUAAAAACAAAUCCAGCAAAUAAUAGUAAGGUUCAGAUAUAAAUCGACUAUUGUUUCUAAACAACUUCAAAUUGAUUGAUUUAGCUAAAUUAUAGAGACUUUCAGCCAUUGGCUGGUUCGUCUCUAAAACAACUUCAAAGAAUGGAGUUGUGAAGAGAUCGCAGUAAAAAUAUCCAUAAAAACUUUUGGAGUCCUACAUUUGAAGAUUUUCAAGUUGCAGCACAGCAACCAUGGUUCAAGAGCAAUCUUCUAAGUUCAUUACAUAUAUCGUUUAUUAGAAAUAUUAUUUUUGUUAAUUUUAUUCAUGGGGUUUUUAGUCCUUGUCUGAUUCACCUCAGGAACAAACCAGUCGUUCCAAAUUUUACCAGGUCUUCUUUUUUUGUUGACUUGGGAGAAGUCUUGGUGUCUCAAAAAUGCUGAUAAAGUUAAAAAAAAGUUAGUGUAAAUGCAUAGAAGAUUACGGCAGAAAACUCCACAUUGCAGAAGGCUUGUCAAAUGAUAAUCUUACUUACCUUACCGAUCAGGGUGGCCUCUGCUGUACAUAGUAGCCGUCUCCAUUCCACUCGGUCCAUGGUUGUUUGUCUCCAGUUCCGCACUCUGCGUAGGGUCCGCAGAUCGUCCUCCACUUGGUCGACCCACCUAGCUCGCUGCGCACCACGUCUUCUUGUACCGGUCGGAUGACUCUCGAGAACCAUUUUAGUCGGGUUGCUAUCCGACAUCCUGAUGACGUGACCCGCCCACUGUAGCCUCCCGAUUUUCGCGGUGUGGACGAUGGUUGGUUCUCUCAGCAGCUGAUGCAGCUCGUGGUUCAUUCGCCUUCUCCAAAUCCCGUCUUCCAUCUGCCCUCCGCCGUAGAUGGUACGCAACACCUUCUGUUCGAAAACUCCAAGGGCGCGUUGGUCCCCAAGUAACACACUUGUCACGGAAGAGUUACGGCGGCGCAGUUUUUUGUUGCGCAGAA